GUCAACGGGGUGUGAAUGUUCAUCUUUUUUACUGCAAUAUAUGUUUGUUGUCAUGGCCAUCUGUUCAAUUUUUUUUCAUUUCCCUUUUCUGACUAAAGUGGGAGAGAUUAACAAAAUCUGGUUUUGGGUUUUGAUUCUUCUGGAGAUUGAUAAUCCUUAGAGAAGGACUAUGGCUGAAUCUCUUCACAUAGAUGUUAAGCAAGAUGAUGAUAAUGGAAGUGAGAAGGCAGAUCGCUUUGACCAGAAGGUUGGUAGCCUGGAAAGUAUCUUCCUGAUCGCCAACUUCAUCUUCGAGCUUCCAUCGGCUGCUUUUGAUCAGUUAUCCUCGGCGCAAAAGCCCCAGUAUGCACUCCUUAGUAUGUUAAUUUCUUUCACAGUCUUGAUCAUUUCCAUUAUUGAUCUCAUUCAUAAGGGUCGAAAAGAAAGAGUUACUUGGAUGAUUAGAGGCCUGAUACCAUGGUUUUAUUAUCCAUACCCAAAUCUCAAGCCUUUUGGGACAUUUCCUGACAUUAUUGGAUUAGUUUGUGCUGUUUUUCAAUUCGUUUUUGCAGCAACAUCAUAUGGCUUUUUGUCUCAGCACUCUGAUAAUCCUAUCAAAGUAUCGGUUUGGCCUGUAUUCUUUGCCUUUGGUCUAUUGUGUUCUAGACUUUCAGGAAAUACUACACAAGAGAAACCAACACCACAUGUAAGGAGACUGAAUAGAGCAGAGGAAUUUGCUCUGUCUCAGCUUGCUGCUGCGACCAAUGAUUUCUCACUACAGAACAAGAUUGGCAUAGGACGUUCCUUUGUUGUUUAUAAAGGGAAACUACCAGAUGGUAGGGAAGUGGCUGUCAAGAGAGGAGACAUAGGUCAUCAAAGGAUGAAGUUUCAGGAGGAAGACAGUUUUUUUGAAACUGAAUUAACAUUCUUGUCAAGGCUUCACCAUAAACAUUUGGUUAGGCUUGUUGGAUAUUGUGAAGAAGAGAAUGAGAGGAUUUCAGUUUUUGAGUACCUAAAGAAUGGAUCUCUACAUGACCAUUUACACAAGAAUAAUAUUGAAAAGAAUAGUAGUCUGAUCAAUUCAUGGAAAAUGAGGAUCAAGAUUGCAUUAGAUGCUGCUAGAGGAAUUGAGUAUCUUCACAAUUAUGCAGUCCCACCGGUAAUUCACAGAGAUAUAAAGUCUUCUAACAUCUUGCUCGAUGCAAAUUGGGCAGCAAGAGUUUGUGAUUUUGGAAUGUCUAUGUUUGGUGCUGAAUCGGAAAGCAAUUACAAACCAAAGAAGGCAGCAGGAACAGUUGGAUACAUAGAUCCUGAGUUCUAUAGUCGAAAUGUUUUAACUAAAAAAAGUGAUGUGUAUAGUCUUGGUGUAGUAUUACUACAACUUUUGACAGGCAAGAGACCUAUAAUCAAGGAUGAAGACAAUGGAGGUGCAAUAACAAGUAUAGUGGACUUUGCGGUACCUAAAAUUUUGGCGAAUGAAUUGGUCAAGGUUUUGGACCACAGGAUUGGUCCACCACAGCUUGAUAAAGAAGCAGAAGCAGUGGAGUUGUUGGCAUAUACUGCACUUCAUUGUGUAAAUUUAGAAGGGAAAAACAGGCCAAGUAUAACUAACAUUGUUGCUAAUUUGGAGCAGGCUUCAUCUCUUUGUGAUGUUCAUAAGGAGGAUUACCGAUAUAGGGAAGGUGCAGAACAGUUGCAUAGUAGAUCAGAUGAGAUGGAGCCAAAUUCCAAUGGAAAAGAGAAACAUCACUCAGAUAUUUCAGAAAGGCAACAAUAAUUCUGCCAUGGAAUGCACAGACUGUUUCUACUCAGCUUAUUGUACUUUCUUUUUGCAAUUAGAAUCUUAUUUUCUCAAGCUGUAAGCUUUCAGUUUCAAAAUUGAAUUUCCAGGACAAUGAUGUACUGAAUAAUUAAUUAAAUACAAAAUACUUUAUAAUAA